GCCUGCCCGUCUCUACAUAUAUAGCACGCCGCCGCCGGCCUGGCUCGCCAGUGCGCCAAGCUCCACGACGCCAGACCAGCUACGCCGCCGACAUGAACCCGUGCACGUUGAUGCUGAUAGCUGCUAUGUGGUGUAGCGUCAUGGGAGCGCCACCGCAAAUUAACACCAAGGACGCUACCAUCAUCCAACAGGAAAACGACUUCAACGGCCUUAGCCCCUGGCGCUGGAGCUUCAAGAACAGCGACGGCUCGGAACGGGCCGAGGAGGGGGAGUUGACGGCGGACGGCUCUCCCGACGUGUCCGGCUCGUACACCAGGGUGUCGCCCAAGACGGGCGCCGUCUACGUCGUCACCUAUCGCGCCGACAAGCACGGCUUCCACGUCAUCAGCAGGCCGCUCGGCAAGGACCAGCCGGGAGAGGCGUACGCCAGGCUCCACAGGCGGCAAUUCUGACCGCAACACUUGCUACAAUCAUACUAGGCACCGUGUCAGCGAGGUGGACAUAGCGACGCAGCGAAUUCGUCCACGCACUUCCUUCAUCUAAACAAACCUGCAAUCUGGCAAUGCGAACUUCUUCAACAUCUCUUAUGUUCCGUUGUCACCAGAGGUCUUUGAUAGCUGUCACAAAGGCAGUAUACUGUAAACAGAGCAAACAUGCGAUCUCGGUAUUGGAAUGACAAGCGUACUGCUUGCUAGAGGUUCUUCGCGUACCGGAACAAUACCCUUACAAAAAUUAUUUCUCUGUUUUUCACAUCCGAACAUCCCUCUGUCUUCUACGUCCAGCAUAUGGUAACUUUUCAAAACGAAUAAAUUACUGAUUCGCACCGUA